GCGUGAUGUCUGAAACAUGAAUGAGAUCAUUUUUGCUGCCAAUCGUCUGCUCAGUAGAACAUCCAGUCUGAUAACAACCUCCCAAACGCUCAGGAACGCACUUGUUCUAUCAUUCUGCCGGAAAAUUUCUUUGAAAAGUGACUACAAAUCCCCCGUUAAGAUGUCAUCAGACGAGCAGCUGUUCAAAGGCUUGGAUCAGACACAGAUAGAGUUGAUGAAAGAGGAAUGUAUACUUGUGGAUGAGAAUGACAAAAACAUUGGAUCUGCCUCCAAAAAAGUCUGUCACCUGCUGGAAAAUAUCAAUAAGGGAAUGCUACAUCGAGCGUUUAGUGUUUUUUUAUUCAACACUAAGGGGGAGUUACUCUUACAGCAGAGAGCAAAUGAGAAAAUCACAUUUCCAGACCACUUCACAAACACGUGUUGUAGUCACCCGCUGAAUUACACCUCCGAGUUGGACGAGACAGACGCCAUCGGUGUGAGGAGAGCAGCUCAGCGGAAGCUCAAACAUGAGCUGGGUAUUGAGCCAGAACAGGUGCCACUGGACGAGUUCCACUACCUGACCAGAAUUCAGUAUAAGUCUUCCAACGUACCAAACGAUGGCAGGUGGGGGGAACAUGAGAUAGACUACAUCCUGUUCAUACAGCGAGAUGUGGAUGUGGUGCCAAACCUCAAUGAAGUGAGCAGUUACAGAUACGUCAGCAAGGAGGGACUCAAGAAAUUUGUUGAAGCAGCAGACGCAGAUGGAAUUUUGCUGACCCCAUGGUUCAAACUGAUCGUGAAGACGUUCUUGUUUAAGUGGUGGGACAAACUGGACGACUUAAAAAGUCAAGAAGACCAUAAAACCAUACAUAGGAUGUCAUGAUAAAGAGCUAGACUACACCUUUAGAUAACAUACUGUGAAUGACGUCAAAUUAAAUACAGUACUUCCUUUUUUCCUGUUUCUGAAACUUCUUCUGAUCUUAAAAAGGUGUUUUGGUGUUUGUUUGGUAAUAAGGAUGAUAUUAUGGGAAAAAUUUCUUUCAGUUCUUAAACUAAAAUUUGAUGAAAUUUAUUUGCAUUGAAAAAUGCAGUUUUGGGGUGACCUUUCAUGUCAUUUACAGUAAUGAUUGUGUCGUAUCUUUUCAAAUCAAAUGAGCACAGGUAAAAUCAUUUUUGCUGACGUUGAAAAUACAUGCGUUUUAAUUUGAUGAGGAAAUAAACAUAAACAUGUGGUUAUCAUCAUAUUGAAACAGGGGGCCCUCCGUGGCUCAGUUGGUUAGCACGCUAGCGCAGCAUAAUGACCCAGGAGCCUCUCACCAAUGCGGUCGCUGUGAGUUCA